CAGCGGUCUCAAAUGUUGUCCCCAUGGGAUGCCACCUUCUCGGUGACAGCGGUUACCCCUGUAAGAAGUGGCUACUAACCCCUUUCCUAAGGCCAUUGGCAGGACCACAAACAAACUACAACAGAUCGCAUAAAAGAACAAGGAGCAGUGUUGAAAGGGCCUUUGGCCAAUUCAAGCGCAGAUUUCCUGUUCUUCAUGGGGAAAUCAGGUUAAAACCUGAGAAGGCUUGCAAGGUGAUCAUAGCAUGUGCUGUCCUUCACAACAUAUGCAAGGACAGGAACAUUCCAUUACCACCCACAGAUGGGCAUGAUGGAUUUGGAAGGCAUGAUGGGCAGAGUGGAGGUCUACUAGCAAUCACUACACCAGUGGCUGCACUGAGAUAAAGAGAGCACUUCGCCAAUACAA